UGAAGACGUGGCUCCGCAUUUUGUGCUGCAGCUUCCGAGUUGAUAUCUACUUCUCCGUUAAUAAGGACGUUCCACCAUGUCGGCAGCUGCUGAGGUUCAGAGGACGGCGGCCGUGGACCUGGGCGCCCUGCUGGACGCGGGCGACGGCGCGGUCGUGACGCUGGUGGCGGGAGAGACGCGGCUGGCGGCGCACCGCGCGGUCCUGGAAGAGAGGAGCCCCGUGUUCCGAGCCAUGUUCCAGCACGACACGCUGGAGGCCAGCUGCGGCGAGGUCAGAAUCGCUGACGUGGAGGGCCCCGUCCUCAGGCAGCUGCUGUCUUACAUGUACACCCUGCAGGCACCCCAGCUGACCGACACGGCCCCGGAGCUGUUGACGGCAGCCGACAAAUACGGCCUGUCCGCCCUGAAGGCUGCCUGCGAACAGCAGGUGGCGGCGCAGCUGGAGGUGGAGACGGCGGCGGCUGCAGCUGUGCUGGCGGUGAGGCACUCGUGCCCCAGACUAACUGCGGCCGCCGUCCACUUCAUAAGGUCUCAAACACACAAAGUAAUGGCGACGCAGGGCUGGGCAGACGCCGUGCUCGAGUACCCGAAAGACAUCGUCGAAGUCAGUCGGCUGCUUGGUGAGCCACCAGCCAGUUGUGCUGUCAGUGCAGCACAGUCGCUGUCCCCUACGUUCGGGCUGUGGUUUGCGACCCACUCUGAACAGCCGCCCCCUGUUUGCAGUGCGGGCCGUGGCUCCAGCAGUCCCAGCACCGCCACUCGGCCACUCGGCGACCCCGGCCGCUCUCCUGCCGCGGCUGCCCGCCACGCUCCGCCGCCACCAGACGACGCGGCCGUCUCUCGCCUGCGGAGCCUCUCUCAACAAGAGAGAGGGAGGAGGCUGAUAGAGGCGGCCAAGCAGGGGGCGGCGGAGCAGCUGCGCGAGUUGCUGGCGGCGGGGGCGGACGUGGGGGCGAGGGAGGAGGAGUGGGGGGACGGCUGGACCGCCCUGUUCUGGGCAGCAUAUAAGGGUCACGUGGCGGCGGCCAGCUGCCUCGUCGGCGCCGGCGCGGAGGUCGACGCCAGGACCAGCCGGUAUCAGAGCACGCCGCUGCACGUGGCUGCAGACAGUGGCCACGCUGGUGUGGUGCGGCUGCUGGCCGGCGCCUCUGCUUACCCCAACGCCAGGGAUUUCCUGGGGCGGACGCCGCUGCACUGGGCGGCAGUGGGGGGCCACGCAGAGGCGGCGGCUGAGCUGCUCCUGGCGGGGGCGGACAGGGGGGCCCUGGAUGACGAAGCUAGGACCCCCCUGGACCUCGCCAGGGAGAAAGGAAAGCAGCAGCUGGUGGAUAUGCUGAGACAACGCUGA